AUGAAUACAUCAUUAACGCCACAGUCAUGGAGACUUGUUGGAAGAACUGCCGCUGGAGGCCUUGCCACCAUCUACUUAAUGUGGAUGAUAUACAAACGAUAUGGUCCAAAGAAACAGGAUGAUAAACAAGAUAAUCAACAACAACAACAACAACAUGGUCAUAAGAAACAUCAUCAUCAUCAACAACAACCAUACUUUACAUUGCCAUCAAAUGUAAAGAUACAUGUUAUUGACUCUGCUGAUGAAGCCGAUCGCUUGAUGACCAAACUUCACAACUCUAUCCUGGCCAGCCUGAACCUACCGCUACUGGGCGAGCAUAUGGAAGAUGUGUCAUCACCAUUGCCCCAACGACUAAUUGAAGGAGACACGAGUGUUGAAGCAUUGGACAAUGCUGUGCUUGGACUUGAUGCCGAGUGGUCACAUGAGAACUUGCAUGAGGGUUCAUCUACCCCAUCUUCGUCAUCAUCUCAUGGCUUUGGAGGACCAAGAGUGGCUAUCAUACAACUCAGUACCAGAGACGAAGCAUUUGUCUUUCAAUGCCUGCACAUGGAUCGCUUCCCAAAGGCCUUGGCGGGCAUCUUGAACGACGCAAGGAUACUCAAGGUGGGAGUGGCCAUCAGUCAGGACGCCAUGACUAUAUUCAAGAACUUUGGAACAAUUGUCAUGGGUUGCGUCGAUCUGGUCCCAUUGGCAAAGGUCACCAACUUUGCUGGCAAUGGAUUGUCCAGCCUUGCCAUGUCUGCGUUGAACGCCAACGUUGAUAAGAGCCACCACAUUCGUUGCAGCCACUGGGAACUCAAGCAGUUGACCGACGAACAGACUCAUUAUGCGGCCAGCGAUGCAUGGUUGGGACACGCCAUCUUUGAGCGUCUCCUCCAGACGUACCGCUCUCGUGUCCAGCCACCCAACCCAUCGCCGUCGGCCAUGGACUUUUGUCGACCCUAUGUCAACGCCACAUUCAAAGUCAAGGACAAGGGCAACAGUAAUGGUAGUAGUAGUAGUAGUGGCAGCAGCAAUGGCAAGAUCAAGUCUACAAACAGUUUCACUGUGCCAGACGACAGAGUACUCUAUGACAACUGUCUGAUGUUCAGCCCAGAGGGAGAGCUGCUGUGCAAUGUCAGCAAGAAGAAGGUCGCUUGGUACGUUGACCGUGGACUGGCCGAGAUCACAGGCGAUAACCCAUUGUCUAUCAAGUUGACGUUCAAUCCAAAGGGAAACGGUCACGCCAACGACAAGUACUACUUGAGCAACAAGGAGAACAAGUGUGUUGUGUGUGGCACAACCAAGAAGAUCCUGCGCCACUCAAUCGUACCACAUUCAUAUCGUCAGUACCUGCCACUGGACGUCAAGAGUCACUCAUCUCACGAUGUCGUCAUCCUCUGCUGUCAGUGCCACUUCACCAUGAACAAGAGACUUAGCAUUAUGAAGUUGAUGAUCUCCAACAUGUACAACGUGCCAAUUGACACCACUCAGAACUAUGUCCUCGAUCGUACCAUUCUACGCAUGUCCAAGCAUGCCAUCAUCCUCUAUGGAUACUAUUAUGGUGACAAGGCCAAGCAGUCAGCCGCCGCUGAUAAGGUGGCCAAAGAACUACCACCUGCUACGGUGAUGGUGGCAGUCGAUGUCGAUGAGGAGGUCGAGGACGAGUCAAUGAAGUCGACAUCAACUACAUCUACGACAUCGACGACGACUACGACAAAGACUACAAAGACAACACCAUAUUUACCAAAGAAGAAACCAAAUGUACCAGCAGACAAGUUGGAUCAGAUGAAGAAGGAGGUGUUGGAGCACUUGGAAAAGACAGAGCUGUUGGAAGAGGAUCUGAUCGCAUUGAUCGAGAGCAAUCCAAAGAGCAAGAAUGAGAACUAUGUGCCACAUGAGAAGUUGGUGAUGGACAAGGUGUUGGCCGGUGGAGACGAAGGCAUCCAAAAGUUCAUCAAACAAUGGAGGAAGAACUUUGUCGAGACAGUUCAGCCAAAGUAUUUGAACGAGUAUUGGAAUGUAGACAGAUAA